UUGUCAUUGUCUUUUUCGCAGCCAUUUUAAUUUCAUUCACUGAAUUUUACUGUUUUGGAUUUUUUGACGACGAAGUUGUGUCAGUUUUUGUGUUUUAACGGCUAAUGUUAAACAAAACGUGAAAAUUAUUGAUCACAACGAUUUCGAUACGAACAAGUUACAUUUAUAGUAUCUGCGCAAUAGUUUGUUAAACCUGUAACAUAAAUUUGUUAUGAAUCGUUAAACAUCCUUGGAAUCUCAAUACAUUGAAAGUAGUGUAAAUUGUUGCAAACAUGGAAUCUCCAAGACAGUCAGAUUCUGAUACUGUUGAGUAUUGGAAGAAGCAAGCAAAGUACUAUGAACAAAAGGUAAUCGAUUUACAGCAAGAAUUGGACGAUUACACCGAAAACUCAGCACAACUUGAAAAGGAAUUGGAAGCAUCAUUAGUCCAAGUUGAGAAACAAAACAAAGAUCUUGAACAUCAAAAUCAGCGAUUGAAAAAUGAAAUUGAAAUGUUAAGGAACAAAUUAGAAAGGAGUCAGCAUGAAACAAAUGCCCUAGAAAAUGAACUACAAGCAUUAAAAAUAGAUAAGGAUAAACAAGGAGUAUAUAUCAGAGAGCUAGAACAAAAAAAUGAUGAUUUGGAGAGAGGUCAGAGAGUUAUAUCAGAAUCUGUAUCAUACAUUGAAUCACUGCUAAACCAAGCAUAUGAAAGAAAUGCUGUCCUGGAAAGUGAGGUUGAUGAGGUUGAGAAUUUGAGGAUCAGACUGCAAAGAGCAACAGAUGAAGCUAGAGAUCUGAAGCAGGAACUGAAGGUAAUGGAAAAGGUUCCCAAACCAAAGAAGGGAGAUGACAGCACACUUGAUAGCUCCUUAGUCAACGGACACAUCUCAAACCCAACUCGGACUCAAGUGGAGAUAGAAACUCAAACUUCUCUGAUUUCACCACAGAAACGUGAAAUAAAUGGCAACGCAAUGACACCAUCGUCUCGGGUAACGGCCAUAAAUAUAGUCGGCGAUUUACUACGCAAAGUAGGGCUUGAAAGGUUUCUUUGCCGUGAAUGUGGUAAGAUAAAAUGCUCCUGUGACACGCCUGCAGCUGCUUCUCAAAUAACAACGCCGAGCGACUCCACCGCCACAGAGAAUGGAUUAACCAGCAAUGGUCUAGAUACUGGCGGUCCUGUCGAGUACAGGACCCAAAAAGCUUUGGAAUCAAAGUUAGCGUCGUGUCGCGGUACAGUUAGACCUAAAGAACAUUCACCAAAUUCAGCCUCGGAUGUGAAUAAGGACUACAGGUGUGUACUCAAGAACUAG